GUCGAGAGUUCUUCGUGGGACUUUCCAAACGGACCAAUCAGAGAGGAGCAGAGAUCUUAGCAGAUGCAUUUAAGGACUAUGCUGUUUCCACUGUGCCUGUGCUCGAAGGCCUGCACCUGAAGAGCUUCUGCAGCAUGGGAGGACCAGGCCUUAUUGUAAUCGGCUCCAGUGAACCAGCACAGAAAGCCCUCAAAAUAAUGCAGCAGAUGAGUGACCAUCGCUACGACAAACUGACAGUACCCGACGACCUCGCCGCCAACUGCAUCUACAUGAACCUGCCCAGCAAGGGACACGUGCUUCUACACUGCACAGCAGAGGAGUUUCCAGAGAGUGCAAAGGUGUUUGAGAAGCUGAAGGACCACAUGCUGAUACCCAUGUCCAACUUGGAGAAGGUCAAAGUGGAUGGAGGCCUAACAUGCUGCUCUGUACUGAUCAACAAGAAGGCAAACAUCUGAGCGGGGUCUCUCGGGGUCUCUCAGUGCAUGGUAACCACGCGGAGCCUUUAACUAAUCACCAUGGAUCCCAAGGUUUGACCAUCCUGGUAUACAGAGGAGGUGUAGGGAAGUUUAAUGUUGCUGAGGGGCAAAGGGAGUAAUCUGUCUACCCUUUCACUCCAAAACACUAAAAUAAAAUUAAAAGUUUGAAAGAAUAGUUCAGUUGAUUUAAAAUACAAUAUGUUCGUCAAAUUUUCUCCUUAUUAAUUCAUUUGUAUUUUCCAAUAGCAUAUGCUGCUUCACUUGUAUACAAGCUGUUGUCAUUAAUUACAAGUGUAUCUGAUAAAGACCUGAUCCCAGAUCAGAUUAGUCAACCAUGUGCCAUGUUGAAUUUCCCCUUUAACCUGCACAGCAGGUAGAACCACAUUAGUAGAACCACACUUACUUACUGUCCAGUGUUUACAACUCUGAACCACACAGAACAGAGCGCUGGUGAAACCCAGUGGGACCUGUCAGCUGUUGUCUCUGUACAGUAUGGUCUUACCAACAUUUGACUUCAGAUGUAUUAAUAAUUCAGCUAAUUCAGAAAUCAUUUGGGUACAAAUAAAAAUGAUACAAUUGAUGUGCAUUGUUUAUGGUCACCCUUUUAACUGUGAUUUAAUUUUUCUGUGUGUUUGCUUAUGUAAUGAAUUAUGCACUAAUUCUUCAAGAACUGUGUUUUGGAGCAAGUCCUGCUACGAUGUGAUAUAAAAUCUCAAUGUGA